CAACACACACGCAAUGGCCGUGAGACUCACACAUUUGAGCAUAUUCUCACGCUCACACGCAUUGGUAAAAAAGUGUCACGCAAUUUUUGGGGUCAGUUUCUAACACUCUUCUUGGAAGACACUGUAACUGAAUGGCUGCACGUGUAAUGUUUUAAUUUAUUACUGCUGAAAAGUCAGAGUGUCGCACUUCAUCUGCCGGAAUGAACCACCUUGCUAACCAGUCAGGGGUUCGCGGGAAGAAUUGUAACAGUCCAUCACAAGUCCUCCGCGAGCUUAAGCAGCGGCGAGCGGGAAAUGCGACAGAGACAGCAGUGAGAGGUGCAGAUACAAACCCCGGUACAGCUUGAGAGAUGAGUAAAUCAAACAAGCCAAACCAUGCAAAGGGCUCUAGAAGACAGCAACAACCCAAAGUGUGUCCACCAGGAUCAAAGCGAAAAGUACCAGAGAGCCAAAAACUGACAGCCUUCUUUGGCCUAGGAAGGCUUGACACACCACUGUCACCAGAACCUGGUCAUGCUGAUGUACCUGCUGAAAAGGCAGCCAGGAUAGAGUGUGUAGGGGAAGAUUCAGCUGAUGGGACAGAACCAGAUGACUCUACAAAAAAGUCUGUGCCAGCCAAGAAGUCAAAUUCUUCUGGAAAAUCAAGAACCAAAUGUGGGGCAGCCACUUAUAAAUCCAAAUUCCAGCCCGGGUGGACAACAGAAUGGCCCUUUAUUAAGAAGGGACUCACGCAGCAUCAUUUUUGGUGUGAGAUUUGCAGAACUGAGAAUGCUUGUUACCAUAUGGGCCAUGCAGAUGUGGAGCGUCACAUAGAGAGCGAGUCACAGAGGAAGGUCAAGGCAGUGGAGCAAUCGCAGCAAAUUACCAAAUUUACAGUGAACACAGCUCCAAAGGUGGAUAACAUGACACAACUUGAGGCGAAGGCACGACGAGCUGAGAUCAAAGUUGCUGUGACGAUGGUAAAUCACAAUGUCCCCCUUGCAGUUGCUGACCACUUCAGCCCACUGAUGAAAGAGUGUUUUAAGGAUUCAGAUGUGGCACAGAGAUAUGGUGCUGCAAGGACCAAGACUACUUGUAUUAUCAACAGGGCGAUAGCACCAUACCUUCAUGAUGAGCUGGUCAAAAAGAUGAGAAACAGGCCAUACACCUUGUCAACUGAUGGAUCAAAUGAUACAGGUACAUCUCAUUUUAGAGAAAAGAAGGACUUUUAAUGAUUUUCAUUAAUCCUAGUUUUUGAUUAAAUGAAGCACAAUAACUGUGAUGUUUGUAUUUAUCCACAGUUUAUUUUUUUUAUCAAUUCAUUUUUUUUAGGAAGGGAAAAGAUGAACCCAUUGACUGUGAAACUGUUUGAUGUAGACAGGGUGGAACACAUGUUCCUAGAUAUGUGCAUCACAACUGGCACUAAUGCUGCCACAGCAGAGACCAUUUUUGAAAAAAUGGACAGUGUCCUCAAGAAGGAUAACAUCCCAUGGCAAAACUGUGUAGGUCUGUCAGUGGACAAUGCCAAUGUGAACAUGGGUGUCUGUAACUCUAUCAAAUCAAGGAUAUUAAGCAUAAAUCCGACUGUUUAUGUCCAUGGUUGUCCUUGCCACAUAGUUCACAACAAUGCCAGUGCUGCUGGGACUCAUUAUAUUGAGUUGUCAGACUUUGAUGUGGAGGAUGUGGUUGUAGAUAUUGGAUACUGGUUCAAAGCAAGCACAAGAGAAAAUGUAGACUGGAUGAAUUCUGUGUGUUUUGUGAUACUGAGUACAUGGCUGUCAUAGACCAUGUUUCCACACGGUGGCUGAGUCUGGAGACGGCAGUAGUCCGCAUUCUACAGCUGUAUCGAGCACUUGUCAGCUACUUCAAGUCUAACAUUGAGAAACAAGCCCGCUUUAAGAGGCUUAGGAAGCAUUUUGAGGAUCCAAUGACAGAGGUACACCUCUUAUUCUACCAGGCCACACUGCCUGUCUUAACAGAGUUUAAUUUACUCUUUCAGCGCCAAGAGCCAUCUGUGUAUCUUCUCCAUGGACAGAUGAGGUCUUAUGUUAAGAAACUCAUGUCCAAGUUUGUUACCACAACUGCAAUAAAAAAUGCUGAUGUGUGUGAAGUUGAGUAUAAAGACAAACAGAACCAGGUGGCAGAUCACAAGCUUAAUGUUGGCUGGACAACAAGAACAACCCUCAACCGUCUGCAUGAAGCUGGUGAGAUCAGUCAGUACCAGGUAGACAACUUCCACAAGGCUGUGAGGGCAUUCUUUGUUGCAGCUGUUGACUAUGCCUUUAAGAAGCUGCCCUUCAAGGAGCCAGUCCUUGAACAUUCACAAUUCAUUGACUUUCAACAGAAGAUGGACUGUGAUGUGAAUGAUGCCCUAUACUUUGUGUACAGGUUUAGUCAUCUGCUUCCAUAUGGAGAUCCCAAAGAACAGGACAAGUUGAGUGAGGAGUUCCUGGACUAUCAACUUAUGGAGGAAAAGGACAUUCCCAGAAGCAUUUGGGAGCAGGCGGUGAGCAGAGUCAGUGAGCAGGAGGUGUACCACAGGAUGGAUAAAGUGUGGGCACACAUGGCCACAAUCAAGAGUCCAGUAACAGGAAUGCCUAAGCUACCCAUGCUGAGCAAGGUGGCACAACUAAUUCUAACCCUGCCACACUCUAAUGCUGAUGCAGAAAGAGUUUUUUCAAUGAUUGGACUAAACAAGACUGACACACGGAAUGCUCUGGCCUUGGAAGGCACACUGUCUUCUAUAAUGACAAUAAAGAUGUCCGGUAUGGAGCCCAACUGCUUCAAGUAUGAGCCCCCAGCAGAAGUAAUCAAGGCCUCCAAGUCAGCUGCUUCCAGUUACAACCGUGAACAUGCAGCAGCUUCAAAUGCUGGCUCAGAAUGCACCUAAGGUAAUGAUUUUCCAUCUUUUAAAAAAAAAUGUCUAUUUGUUUUGCAACUAAGUCACUCACAGCACUUCACCGCGCGCUAAAAUUGUACUUGUUCAAAAGUCUCACUCAAACAGUUU